AUGUAUAAAGGGUACACAGUACAGCCUGACCUCUACGAUAUUCUGCUGCGCUUUAGAACCUUUAAAUAUGUAAUUACUUCUGAUAUCGAGAAAAUGUACCGGCAAGUAAGAAUCAAUCCGAAGCAUACAUAUCUGCAUAACAUCCUAUGGCGGGAAAAACCGUGUGAAAAGCUCCAGUGUAUAGAAUUAUUAACUGUUACAUAUGGCACUAACUGUGCCCCUUAUUUAGCUACCCGAGUACUGAAAGAACUUGCUGUUAUUAAUCAAAAAACAUUUCCACUUGCUUCAAAUGCUCUUCUCUCCCAAUGUUACGUAGAUGACAUUCUCUGUGGCCAAGAUUCAUAUGAAAAUCUUGUCGAAUUACACCGUCAACUGAUGCAAUUAUGUAAAUUAGGAAAUUUUCACUUACACAAAUGGUGUUCAAACUCAAAUUCACUUCUCAACAAUAUUAAUCACUCUCACAAAUCUGAUAUUUCUCAAGAAAAUUACGAUAUUAAAGUAGAUGGAAUCUCGAACAAAGUUCUAGGAAUAUUUUGGAACCCCAAUUUGGAUGUAUUUUCUAUAUCUUUACCGAUACCUUCGGAAGAAAAACAGGUUACUAAACGCGAAGUUCUCUCAAAAAUAACUCAAAUGUUUGACCCAUUAGGAUUAAUUGGUCCAGUUAUUGUUAUAGGAAAACUAAUGAUGCAAGAAAUCUGGAAAACUAAAAUUGAUUGGGAUGAUUUUUUAGAAGAAGAUAUUCUUAUAAAUUGGAAAUCUUACAUUCAUGAUAUGGCGCUAUUAAAAUCUCUAAAAAUUCCUCGUUUUAUUCUAUUAGCUGAUAAGCCAAUAUCACUAGAACUACAUGGAUUUUCGGAUGCUAGUCAAAAGGCAUAUGGUGCCUGUGUAUAUAUACGAGCUUCAUAUCCUAACGAGAAAGUGUCAUGCUUCCUUAUUACUUCUAAAAGCAGAGUUGCACCUAUAAGAGAAAUAACUAUUCCCCGCUUAGAACUUUGUGGUGCACACCUCCUCUCCACUUUAAUAACGAAAGUUCGCUCAGUACUCAUUGAAAGAUUAUCUUUUGAUAGUGUAAAUCUUUGGACAGAUUCGGAGAUAGUACUUGCCUGGUUACACUCGUACCCUUCCAGAUUCCAAGUAUUUGUAUCAAAUCGUAUAUCACAAAUCCAAACUCUCACUCAAGAUUGUAAGUGGCGUUAUGUGUCAUCAAAGGAAAAUCCAGCCGAUUUACUCUCUAGAGGAAUAUCUCCUGCUUGA